CAUUUUUUGUGUCGGAUCCACGACAAAGAUACGUCAAGCAAGACACACCUUUCGAAACAACGCCUAAAACACAAACAGCAACAGCAUAUGACAGGCUUCGCAACACUUCUAACGAUUUGGCUGCUUGACUCCUGUUGCCUUUCUUUAGCAAAGCACCCAACUAGCCCAAGCUGUGCUGCAGUAGAGUAAGAGCAAGAGCAAGAGCAUAGAAGAACAGGAUGAAGGUGCUUUCCAGUUUCUGGUUGGUUUUUGCAGUGGUUGCCACUAGCGCUGCAGCUUCAGCCUUGGAUACCGGUAUCCCCGAUAAGGGUAACCCUAACCAUACUCCUCGUAGCAUGCACAUGAGUACCAAGAAGAAUACCCAAAGCCACCGCAAUCUGGCUUGUGACACGAUCAAUGGAGCUUGCUGCGUUGGAGAGACGUGUGACGAACUUCCCUUCGAUCCGUCUCUCACCGUCAACGUCCAAUAUGACGAUUACCCCAAUGAGAUUGUCUGGCUUUUUGAAAAAUACGAAAAUAGCUCCACCACAGAUCCAACGGUGGAUUCGGCGGAAGCCAUGGCGGAAGGAAAGCCACAGCCGUUCUUGGAUGACUGGACUGUUUGGUGGCACUAUUUUGGUACUGCCUAUGAUGGACUCCCAGGACAGACAGUGGCUUACCCCAUCUCCAACCUGGAUACCGAUACCUUCUACCGAUUUUCCAUUUAUGAUACUGAAGGCGAUGGUGUCUGCUGUGAGUAUGGAAAUGGCUGGGUCUCCAUAGAAACUGACAAUGGAGGCAUGAUUUGGAAUCUCAAGGGAGAUUGGAUUCGGGCAGAUCCCACCGUGGUAUACCUUUAUGUAGAUUCCGUUGGAGCCGUGGAAAUAGUGGAGGUACAAUACGCACCCGCACCAGUCGCACCACCAACCACCGGGGCCGGGGCCGGUCCUGUCCCAGCUCCCAUUGUCGUUCCGUCCACGGUCCAGAUCUUUGACAACACCUACAACACGGCAACAACCACGUAUCUGGAUCUUUCCUUUGAUCUACUUGAAGGUACCAUUCCCACAGAAAUUGCAUUCCUCACCGAACUACAAUACCUCGAGCUAGGAGACAACGACUUGACGGGACCCAUACCCGAUCUGAGCACACUGACCAAAAUGACGUAUCUCGAUUUGGGACCAUCCGAGUUGACAGGGACCAUCCCAACAACCAUGGGGCUCCUAACCGAACUCAUCUUUAUCUCGCUUUGGAACAACCUCCUGACGGGCGAGAUUCCGUCCGAGCUUGGUUUGUUGACCGAAUUGACAGCAUUGACGCUGGCAUCCAAUCAGUUCACAGGAGCAUUACCUGAUGAGCUCGGGGAACUAUCGGCCCUUACUUGGUUGAAUGUGGAAUACAAUCGAUUGACAGGAGACAUACCAAUUUCCGUGUGCGUGUUGCCCUUGGUAACAAUCUCUGCGGAUUGUUCCGAGGUGACAUGCUGCGAUGAACAACCCAUACCACCUUCCGUUGCUCCGCCUGGGAGUGUGGAAAUCUUUGGAAGAACCUACAGCACCAGUACAACCUACACCAUUGAUAUUACAAACUUUGGCUUGUUCGAUACUAUCCCUACGGAAGUGGCCCUCAUUACCUCUUUGGAAUUCUUGUAUAUUGGAGGCAAUGAAUUGUUUGGGACUAUUCCAACAGAGCUUGGGUUGUUGACAAAUUGCCUUGGAUUCAAUGUAUGGGAAAACCUGCUCACUGGCACAAUCCCCGAAGAGCUUGGGGAGAUGACGAAGGUGACGCAUUUGAGCUUGCAUACCAAUUUCUUAACAGGGACAGUCCCCGCUGUCCUUGGUGAUCUUCCUGACCUUGUUGGUCUAUACUUGUCUGAUAACUCACUCACCGGUACAAUCCCGUCAUCUAUCUGUGCGAUUCCAUUAUGGGUGUUCACUGCUGAUUGCGAUGAGUUGACUUGUUGCGAUGAAAUUGGCACAGGUCCAACCCCAUCUCCAGCAUCAGGGUCUCUCAACCUUUUUGGCGAGAGUUAUGACAUAAGCUCGACCACGUCCUUACACCUCGAUGGUACUGAUCUCUCAGGAUCGAUACCAAACAAUAUUGGUUUCAUGACGGCUUUGACUUCUUUGAAUCUUGGGAGUAACGAUCUGACCGGUACUCUCCCCACUGAGCUCGGGUUGCUGACGGGCUUGCAGUACUUGUUCAUGGGGGGCAACAGUUUCACGGGUACCCUUCCAACAGAGCUUGGCUUCUUGACUGAUAUGCUUUCGAUAGUUUUGAGUGCAAAUCUUCUUACUGGAACGAUUCCAGAUGAGCUUGGAGAAAUGACAGCUUUGGCCUACUUGAGCUUGUGGGGAAAUGACCUUACGGGGGAGGUGCCAGCAGAAUUAUGCGAGUUGCCUGAUUUGGGAUUCAACCUGGAUUGCAGCGAGGUAACUUGCUGUGGAGCCCUGCCACAACCAACACCGAGCCCACUACCACCAACAGCCCCAACGCCUGGCAGAGUCACCCUCUUUGGCGAAACUUACUCAACCAGCACGACAAGAACUCUAGACCUGACUAGUGAUGGCAUUGGAGGAACAAUCCCAACUGAUAUUGGACUUCUCACUGCCAUCACGAACCUGUUUCUUGGUGGCAACAAUUUCUCAGGGACCAUUCCAACGGAGGUGGGCCAACUGAUCGAUGUAACUGGCUUCAACAUGUGGGAUAACGCAUUGACCGGAAUGAUUCCAUCAGAGAUUGGGCUUCUCACAGAAAUGACGUGGUUGAACAUCCGAGGCAACGAGCUUUCUGGUCCUGUUCCGGAGGAACUCGGUCAAUUGACUAUGUUAACUGGGAUGUGGUUGUACGACAAUGACUUGUCUGGAAGUGUGCCUUCCAGCGUUUGUCUUCUUGGGCUUACAGACUUUAGAUUAGAUUGCGAUGAGCUCACAUGCUGUGGUGAAGUUGGAUCUGCUCCUGGACCAACACCUGCUGGCUCUGUCGAGCUCUGGGGGGAGAUAUACAGCAUCGGGUCAACCACAAGACUCAAUGUGGCAUUUGACGGCAUUACAGCAGAGACCAUCCCAACAGAAAUUGCUUGGCUGACUGCAUUGAAUUAUAUGAAUCUAGGUGACAACGAAAUCACGGGCCCAGUUCCCAGCGAGAUUGGAACCAUGACUGCGCUAACGUAUCUCGAUUUGGGUCCCAAUGCCUUGUCUGGUACAGUGCCGACAGAGAUAGGACUUCUCUCAGAUCUCACUUUUGCAAGUUUUUGGGACAACCAGCUGUCCGGUCCAGUCCCAAGUGAAUUUGGACUGCUCACGUCGUUAAGCUCAUUGUGGAUUGAAGACAAUAAUUUCUCUGGGUCGCUGCCGGAAGAACUAGGCAACAUGGUUUCAUUGGACUUCUUCUACCUGGACGAUAAUGAUUUCUUGACUGGCUCCGUACCACAAUCUGUCUGCGAGCUGGACUUGAUUACACUGUCCGUGGAUUGCCUCCAGUUGACCUGCUGCGAUGAAAUCGAACCAGGUCCUGGCCCAUCUUCAUCUCCAGGUACUGUUGACUUGUUUGAAAACACCUACAGUACAAGAACCACAACUUCUAUUGGCCAUGGCUCUCAAGGACUGACAGGGACGAUUCCAACGGACAUUGGCCUUGAAGUUGACUGCUUUGAAGUGGUCUGCUGUGAUGAAGUGGCACCAGGUCCUGGCCCAGCUCCAUCUCCAGGUACUGUUGACUUGUUUGGGACCACUUUCGACACUAGCGCUACUGUUAUUGACCUCAGCAGCCGCAAUCUGGAUGGAUCGAUGCCAUCUGAAAUCGGGCUUCUAACUUCUUUGACAACUUUGGAGCUGGACUCAAAUGACCUGACUGGAGAGAUUCCGUCCGAAAUUGGUCUGAUGACUAGCCUGACAAGGCUACUGCUUUAUACCAAUGAUUUAAGGGGUCCCUUGCCAACUGAAAUGGGGCGAUUGACAAGAAUGUCGCACCUGAGCCUCAGCUCCAAUAACAUUGCCGAUCCAUUGCCGAGUGAGCUUGGCAGGAUGACCGACCUGGUAUUCUUUACAAUCAGCCGCAAUGCGGUCUCGGGACCCAUUCCGAGUGAACUUGGUCUUUGCACUUCAUUGAGGGAAUUGUACUUGUACAUGAAUCAACUUACGGGUACGAUCCCUGAUGAGCUUGGUGACUUGACGGCAUUGACUCGAUUAGAGUUGCAGAGCAACCAGUUAAGAGGCAGUGUUCCAAUUGAAGUCUGUUCGAUUCCAGGCUUGCAGCUGGCAGGACGCUUGGAUGCUGAUUGCUUUGAAGUUACCUGCUGCGAUGACAUAGAAGCAGUGGAACCCAAUCCAGCACCCGCUGGUCCACCCAAUCCCGCACCUGCUGGUUCUGUGGAGCUCUGGGAUGAGAUUUACAGCACAAGUGAAACUGAAUUCAUCUUUCGUACUGGUGAUUCGGUCCAAGGCACCAUCCCAACUGAAAUUGGCUUGGUGACAUCAUUGGGAGUCUGGCACAUGGGAAGCAAUGAACUAUCUGGCAGUCUACCAACUGAGAUUGGCCGCAUGACUGCUCUGCGUUCUGUGAUCUUGAGUGAAAACUUGUUGAUCGGACGAAUUCCCUCCGAGUUGGGAUUGUUGACUGAGCUGUCAUUCUUGAGCCUACGUGACAACCGCUUGACAGGCACAGUGCCAGCAGCUGUGUGUGCACUUCAGAACCUGAGUUAUUUCAGUCUUGAUUGCACUGAAGUUGUUUGUUGUAAUGCUGUUGUACAGCCACCACCCCCAUCCCCCGCCCCAGAUCAGUCACAAAUUGUUUUGGAGGUUUCUUUGGAGUUUGGCUUCUUUGAUGACACCAAAGUGCGUGAGCCAACAGCAACUGAAGUGGAUGAUCUGGUGGUGCAAAUUGACAGUUUCUACAGUGACCUUCUCGAAGGCUCUUUUGAUACCUUUGCCACAUUUGAAGCCAAGGUGGUUGACACCGCAAUGGUCAAUGAAACUUUUACACUUGACUUUGACUCCUUGGUCUAUUUUGAAGAAGGAACAGAUGUACCAUCUCCAAAUGAAGUGAUUUCUGCAAUGCAAGGUACCUCUGGGGAUUACGCCAGUUUUAUAACAGAAUAUGUUUGGAACGUGACAACGGACAGCAUUUUUUAUGACACUGAGAUUGUCACAUUCCGGGCAAGGUCUUCUGCUACUCCAGGGACUGUCUUUCUGUUUGGUGACUCCUACAGCAUAAGCUCAACCACGUCCCUUUCCCUGUCAAGUAGUGGUCUUACUGGCACAAUCCCACCAGAGAUUGGGAUGUUAACAGCCCUUGGAAGAUUGGUCUUGUAUUCCAACGACUUGACUGGACCUCUGCCAACAGAGCUUGGUUUGCUGACGGCCCUGACCUACAUGGACCUCUGGUCCAAUGAACUGACUGGCACAAUCAUUACAGAGUUUGCCAGGCUGACAGUGCUGUCUAGUUUGAGCUUGUACAACAACCAAAUCAGUGGAACUAUUCCACCAGAGCUCGGGUUAAUGACAGCCAUGAGAAGCUUGACUCUGAGCUCCAACUUGCUCACGGGCACAGUCCCUGUGGAGCUUGGCGAGCUGACCCUUAUGACAUAUCUCUCUCUAUGGGGAAAUGACCUCACAGGAACUGCACCAGAUUCUGUCUGCAGUUUGCCCGGUUUGAAUGUGGUCCUUGAUUGCAGUGAGGUGGUUUGCUGUGAUGCUAUAUCAUCAGGAACAGUAGACUUGUUUGGGCAAUCCUAUUCAACAAGCACAACAUCCUACUUAAGUAUGGGGGGAGGCGGUCUCAUGGGAACACUACCAACAGACGUUGGCUUGCUUACGGCCCUUACAUUCUUGAGCCUGCACACGAAUGAACUAAGAGGCUCCCUCCCUACUGAAAUGGGAAUGCUGAGCAGACUUCGUUACCUCACCAUGAGCCGAAAUCUGCUGUCUGGCCAGCUGCCAAGUCAGCUUGGGCUCCUGACAGGUUUGACCCAACUUUACUUGUAUGACAAUCGAUUCGUUGGCACGAUCCCAGUGGAGUUCGGCUCUUUAACAGCUCUAUCAGUCCUGCAGCUUCAAGACAACAGGUUGACGGGCACAGUGCCUGCUGAUGUUUGUGACUUACCCAACCUGGGUUCAUCAGGCCUUGAAGCUGACUGCUUUGAGGUGGUUUGUUGUGGCUCUGCUCCAGCCCCAGGCCCAAGUCCAGGCACUGUGCUUUUGUUUGGUGAAAGCUAUAGCACAAGCACAACAACAAAUAUUAACAUCUACAGUGCUGGCGUUGAUGGAAGUAUCCCAGCAGCAAUCGGUGACCUUACUGCAUUGACAUUUCUUGGGCUGAAUUGGAACGAUCUUACUGGAACUAUCCCGACAGAGAUUGGGACGCUAACAAGGUUGAGAUGGAUGAGCCUCAGCCGAAAUCAAUUGAGUGGUCGGCUCCCUACAGAGCUGGGGCUCCUUACAGCUCUCACGGAACUCUAUUUGUAUGACAACAUAUUCAUCGGCACGAUUCCGGAGGAGAUGGGAGACUUGACAGACCUCACAGCUCUCCGAUUGGAAGAAAACCAGUUAACAGGCUCAGUGCCCGAUGAUGUGUGUUCCAUCCCGGGAUUGGGUGCAUCAGGUCCGCGGGUUGAUUGUUUGGAGGUUGUUUGUUGUGACAGUGCUCCAGGUCCUGGGUCGUCUGGCCCAGAUACUGUUGUUUUGUUUGGUGACAGCUAUAGUACGAGUACAACAACAAGACUACCUCUCAACAAUGUGGGUCUUGUUGGGACCAUCCCAGGAGACAUUGGAGAACUGACAGAGCUGACAUACUUAGCAUUGAACUGGAACGACUUGAUGGGCACGCUCCCCACAGAGAUUGGGAGGCUGACCAGUGUAACAUUCAUGAGUGUGAGCCGGAAUGAGCUAACUGGUCAGAUCCCAUCAGAGCUCGGCUUGUUGACCGAGCUGACUGCUUUGUACCUGUAUUCCAACGCGUUCACGGGGACAAUUCCGGAUGAAUUCAGCCAACUGACUGAUUUGAACAUCUUGGAAAUUUAUGAUACAAGUCUAGUGGGCUCUGUCCCUGCGGGUGUUUGUGAGAUUCUGGACCCUCAGGUGGACUGUGAUGAAGUUGUGUGUUGUGGCUCAGCCCCAACAGAAAGCCCAACUACUGAUCUAUCCGAAGGUGGUUGGACCCUUGCCGGACGAACUGGGUGCGCUGACUGCCAUGACUUGGCUGAACGUGGAAGACACUUUAUUGACAGGGAGUAUCCCUUCCAGCGUCUGCGAACUAACGAGCUUGGAAACGUUGAGAGCAGAUUGUGA